ACCUUUUGUGACCAGACGAAUUACUACCAAACACCACAAGAAUUUCUCUGAAUUCUGAAGCCAUGCCUCCUCAUGUCGAGACCAGUUCUUCUGACGAUGAUGGACCAACGACAAGGCUAUUUCAUAGACGCAGAUCAGUUCAUAAGCUACUCGGUGGACGGAAAGCUGCGGACGUCAUGCUAUGGAGGGACAAAAACCUAUCAGCAGGGAUCCUCGCAGGGGCAACAUUGGUCUGGUUCCUGUUCGACGUGGUUGAGUACAACCUAGUAACGCUCCUUUGUCACAUUGCACUCCUUGGGGUGCUUCUGCUCUUCAUUUGGUCGAACGCCGCGCCUCUCUUUGACAGGCAGCCUCCACAGAUCCCAGAGGUCAUUGUUUCUGAACAAGCGUUCAGAGAAAUUGCACAGACCACCCAUUACAAGCUGGCUCACUUUGUAUCAAUCCUAUAUGACAUUGCAUGCGGGAAGGAUCUAAAGAAGUUUCUCAUGGUGAUUGGGUCUCUGUGGAUGCUGGCAAUCGUUGGAGACGCCUGCAGUUUCAUCACACUAUUAUAUGUUGGAUUCUUGUGUGUUCUAACUUUACCGGCAUUAUAUGAAAGAUACGAAACAGAAGUGGACCAUCUUGUCGCUAAGGGUGGUGAAGAUCUAAAGAAGUUCUAUAAGAAGGUUGACUCCAAUGUGCUCAACAAGAUCCCGAGAGGCCCUGUCAAGACAAAAGUUCACUAAGAUAUAUUUCAACAGCAAUAGCAAUCAGUGGCAAGCAAAUAGACAAUAGUCCCAUGUGUAUAAGAAAGAUACUCGCUAAUUAUUGGAUUGUAUUCCGAUCAGUUUUAUGAUACGUAAAUUAUAUGUUGAAAUGCAUUCGCUGUUACCAGUCA